AUGAGCAGCAAAUGGAUCUCUGGGGGAGAUGACUGCGGUGUUUCCUGCCCGGGACUUUCCCCCUUCAACCAGCGAGUGUUACGGCUAAUUCCCAUUUGCAGGUUCGCAUACAUUAUUUUAACAGCGACAGAAGUCUCAACCCUUGCAUCCCUUUUCAAAUUUCAAUUCACGCCAGAAUAUCUGCAAAGCUUCAACUAUCCCCGAGAAACACUGCAAUGGUCAUUUGGGCUUGAGACGAAUUCAGCGGUCUGGGUCGGUCUUGCGCUCCUUGGUAUAUUGUUGAUCAAUCUAUUGCCUGUCAGAGUAUAUGGUGAGAUCGAGUAUGUUUGUGGAUGCAUGAAUAUGGUAGUCAUUGUCUCGAUUAUCUUGUUUAAUGUGAUUGUCAGCGCACAACGUACGGAGCAACAGGGGACACAUGCUUUCCAGUUUUAUCAGCAGCCGUGGGGAUUCUUCUCCAAUAGUACACAUACGGAUCCUGGUGCCAGAAAUUAUACCUUUACGGGCGGUAAGAAAGCUCCCACACUACUCCAUCCGGGUUCUGAUUUCUGUACUAAUACCAUGAUUAGAUACCGGCAGACUCAUCGGAUUUUGGAGCGCUCUAAAUACCAUUUUAUUCUCUGUUCAGGGACUCUUUACAGUUUCAGUUACAGCUGCAGAAAACAAGCACGUUGAUAGAGACGAGUCUAUCAAACUUGCCACCCGAAAGAUUGCCCUUCGUGUAAUUCUGCUCUACGCACUUGUCGUUUUCACAGUUGGUCUGAAUGUUCCAUACAACGAUGUAAACCUUCAAGAUACAACGAUCAGCUCAAUUUGACGAGGUCAAAACUCCCCCAUCAUCAUCACCUGCGUCCGUAACGGCGUUGUAGGAUGGCCACAUUUCCUCAACGCAUUCUAUAUCUUCUCAACUUUCUCAACCGGUGUCAAUGGAUUAUAUAUUUCAUCUAGGCUACUCCAUGCACUUGCAAGUGUUAGAAAUGUGUGGCCAAAUACGGGAAGGGGCGCGAGGGUCAAAGGGUGGUUGGAGAGAACCAGUGCCAAGGGCGUCCCCAUCAAUGCUGUUCUUAUUAGUUGGCUUUUUGGAUUCCUGGGAUUCCUGGCUGUUAGACCAUUUCCUGCAAAGGUAUAACACAUACAUUAUAUAAGUGGCAAUUACUUGCCGUGGAUAUUGUAGAUUCUGGGCCGCCUCGCUAUCUUUUCAACAAGCUCGAUGCUUAUUGUGUGUGUAUGCUUGUGUAUCAGCAGCAUUCCUCAUGUUCAAAUCGAGGUCAGUCCACCAGUAUCUCUACAUCUGGCUCAGCUAAACUAGUUCCAUAGAACUACCAAGGGUUUCGCCACAGAGCCUGUGGUUGUACAAAGAAACGGACAAGACGUGUUGAACCGCGCAGCCUCAGAUUAGCCAUACCGCUCCCACUUCCAAGGACUUCGCUCCGUCUACGCACUCCUCAGAUGCUGUCUCUUCAUUAUCUUCAACGGCUGGCGUUCCUUCCUCAACCCUUUCUCCACUGCCGAUUUUCUAGCCGCGUACAUGAGUAUCCCCAUCUUUGUGAUAAUAGUCACACUUUACCAUAUGAAAGAUGAGGCUGAGACGUGGAAAUUUUGGUGUUGA